AGGUGAUUCAAAUCGAGACUUGUCAUAUGUGUUAUUCAAAAAAGAAAGAUCGAGAAGGAAUCUGAAUCGUUUGUUAGAUGAGAAUCGGCGGUCUUGCGUCGUCGACGGCGGCGAUGAUGAUGUCAUCUUCUUCGGAUGUGGUGGAAGCGUUGAAUCUCAAAGAAGCUUCGAAUUGGUGGUCUGAUGUAAACGAGUCUCCGAUUUGGCAGGAUCGUAUCUUCCAUGUCCUCGCUGUUCUAUACGGAAUCGUUUCCGUCGUUGCUGUGAUUCAACUUGUGAGGAUUCAAUUGAGAGUUCCAGAAUACGGAUGGACGACGCAAAAGGUCUUCCACUUUCUUAAUUUCGUUGUCAAUGGAGUUCGUGCUGUGGUGUUUGUCUUCAGGAGAAAUGUUCAAUUCAUAAAUCCAGAGAUUCUGCAACAUAUCUUGCUUGAUAUUCCAAGUCUUGCUUUCUUCACCACCUAUGCUCUUCUGGUUCUCUUCUGGGCAGAAAUUUACUAUCAGGCACGUGCCGUAUCCACUGAUGGACUGAGGCCAAGCUUCUUCACAGUUAAUGCAGUUGUGUAUAUAGUUCAGAUUGGUCUUUGGUUGGUUUUGUGGUGGAAGCCUGUUCGAGUUAUGGUAGUUCUAUCUAAGAUGUUCUUUGCAGGUGUUUCAUUGUUCGCUGCCCUUGGAUUUUUACUUUACGGUGGAAGGCUUUUCCUAAUGCUGCAAAGGUUUCCAGUAGAAUCUAAAGGGCGCCGCAAAAAGCUGCAAGAGGUUGGUUACGUGACAACCAUAUGUUUCACGUGUUUCCUCAUCAGAUGUAUCAUGAUGUGCUUUGCUGCUUUCGAUGAGGGUGCAAACCUUGAUGUGUUAGAACAUCCCAUCCUCAACUUCAUAUAUUACCUGUUGGUAGAGAUACUACCGUCUUCUCUGGUCCUCUUCAUCUUGAGAAAGCUACCACCAAAACGAGGCAUUACACAAUACCAUCAGAUUCGCUGAAAUGUAAAGACAGGAGGACAACUAUAUGAUCAGGUGAAAAGAUAAGACCGUUUUGUUUUAUGCUUUUCUGUAUUCAAUAGAGAGGAAAGCAUUAGAUACGAAAUGAAAUUAGAUGUAAUGCUGAUUAAGUCGUCUGGUUGAUGAUGGGAAUGAAUUCGCUUAAAUUUUGAAAACUGGGUUUUGUUCCCUUUACAUAAGGUGUCAUGCUGUAAAAAAAAAGUUAUAUAAAAAGGUAAUACAUGGAAGGAUCGUGCAGAUUUGUGCUGAAA